AUGUCGAAUUUGUCAAAGCGUGAAUUUGUGGCACUUGACAUUUCUGGAAAGAACUAUUUGUCAUGGGUACUUGAUGCUAAAAUUCACCUUACCGCUAAGGGUCUUGGUGAUAGUAUAAUCAAAGGAAAUAAAGCAUCAAGUCAGGAUAAAGCGAAAGCUAUGAUUUUCCUUCAUUAUCAUCUUGAUGAAAGCCUGAAGGUUGAAUACUUGACAGUAAAAGAUCCACUUGAAUUGUGGAUAUGUUUGAAAGGGAGAAUCACUUCCCAUUUGACAUUAUGUGGGGAAACUAUAAAUGACGAGGACAUGUUGGAAAAUACACUAACUACUUUCCAUGCCUCUAAUGUGAUACUACAACAGCAAUACCGUGAAAAAGGUUUUCAAAAAUACUCUGAAUUGAUCUCAUGCCUUCUGAUGGCUGAGCAACAUAAUGCCCUUUUAAUGAGAAAUCAUGAAGCCCGACCCACUGAAAGUGCUCCAUUACCGGAAGCACACGGGGCAGAAGCACACGACCAGUCUGAAAUAAGACAAAAUAAUCGGGGUCAUGAUAAUGUGUGUGGGCGUGGAAAGGGCAAAAGACGAUAUAAUAAUCGUCGAGGUGGUAGUCAUAACAAAAGAGAGAACAAUAUGGGUCCUCAAAAUAAUCCUUUAAAGAAAGAGCGAUCACUGUCAUCGUUGUGGCCUUAA